CCCCGUUGUUUGUUUACCAUGUCAGCUGGCGAGGCGAGAGCAUGCUGGCGAAGAUCCUGUUCCUUCUCGCCUCUGUAGCGCCCUUCCUCGUGCUCCUGCAGGGUUCCUGGGCCAGCGAGAAGGCCUUUAACAUCUUUCGGUAUCCUCCUAAUAAUCUGGACAGGAAAUAUGGCCGGGUUUCCGAGCACGAGAGGAGAGAGUUGGCCAAUGCUACGAGGGCCAUGUUCUACUUCGGCUACGAGAACUACAUGAAGCACGCAUACCCUAAGGACGAGCUCAACCCCAUCUACUGCAGCGGGAGAGGGCCCGACUGGGAGAAUCCGUCCAACAUCAACAUCAAUGAUAUCCUGGGAGAUUAUUCUCUGACCCUCAUUGACGCCUUAGACACGCUUGCAAUUCUUGGAGAUGCCGUUGAGUUCCGGAGAGCCGUGCAGCUGGUUAUUGAGAAUGUCACCUUCGACAAGAAUUCAACGGUGCAGGUCUUCGAGGCUAAUAUUAGGCUUCUGGGAGCCUUACUGUCAGCCCACCUCCUCAUCCUUGACAAGAGCAAGCCCUUUGGUGACCUGGAGCCAGAAUGGUACGAUGGCGAACUCCUUGAGAUGGCCUCAGAUCUUGCCUCAAGACUGCUUCCAGCCUUUGACAAUUCCAAAACAGGUCUCCCCCACCCUAGGGUGAAUUUGCGUGAUGGUGUGCCCAAGGGUAGUCGGACGGACACGUGCACAGCAGGAGCAGGAACUCUCUUAGUAGAAUUUGGAGUUCUUAGUCGCCUCAUUGGAGACCCAGUGUAUGAGAUGUCAGCCCGGCGAGCCAACAAAGUGCUGUGGAACCUGCGGAAUGCAAAGACUGGGCUCUUCGGCAACGUGGUGGAUGUGGACACGGGCAAGUGGAUGGGGGAGCUGAGUGGAGUGGGGGCUGGGCUGGACAGCUUCUAUGAGUACCUCCUCAAGGCUUUCAUUCUUUUUGGGGAGGAAGAUGAUUAUUCAAUGUUCAAUGAGACAUACACACUCGUCAAGCAGUAUAUGAGGCGUGGUCGGCCACAUUGUAAUUCUGGGUUUGGCGAGCAUCCUCUGUAUGUGAAUGUUGAUAUGAAGAAUGGAGGAACACAAACCACUUGGAUAGAUUCGCUUCAGGCAGCAUUUGCUGGAGUGCAGGUUUUAGCUGGAGACAUGGAAGAGGCCAUUUGCACACAUGCCCUGUACUACACAAUAUGGAAGAAGUAUGGGGUUCUGCCUGAGAGGUUCAACUGGCAACGCAUUUCUCCGGAUGUGAUGUUUUACCCUUUGAGACCAGAGUUUGUGGAGUCAACCUAUCUCCUAUAUCAGGCCACACGCAACCCCUUCUACCUGCACGUGGGCAGAGAUAUCCUGACGUCACUGAAUAACCUGACGCGGGCAGAGUGUGGCUAUGCAACCGUCCACUCAGUGCUUGACAUGACGCUCGAGGAUCGGAUGGAGUCCUUCUUCCUUUCAGAGACUUGCAAAUACUUGUACCUUCUCUUCGACAUAGACAACCCAGUGAACUUGAAGUCCCAUCAGUACAUGUUCACAACCGAGGGCCACAUCUUGCCCCUGGGACCUUGGCUGCGUAAGAAGAGAUGGGAUGUUGACCUCUUCCAAAAUGCAGAAACUGUGAUACAAGUCAAUGCUUCUCAUGCUUCUUGUGCAGCAAUAGAUAAGGAAAGAAUUUAUGGCCUACCAUUAAGAAGUCACUAUCUGGAGCAGAUCUCAGGAACACUUGGAGUUGAGUUAUGAUAAAGGAUGGUUUUAGCAUUGGAAGGCUGCCACAAGAACCUAAAGAUAAUAUAAUAUAGUGAGUUUAGUGCUGGAAGUAAACAGUGGCUUUUGGGCAAAUGAAUGCAGUUGAAGUAACACCAUAUAAUCUUAUCCAGGUCUUUUCUGUAGGUAUGCCUGUAGUCAAAAUGUUGGUUUAAGAGUUUUAUACCAAUUCUGUCUCCUAAGGUUUUUAUACGUGCAUUAGGGUUUGUGUGUUAUGUUGGCUGGAGAUUUUCCAUGGUUGUACAGCAUAACACUUUUCCUUUGGAAAUUGAUAUUUAGAUCAUUCUCUCUUUUUUUCCAUUCAAGUUGGGGACCUUUUUGAAAAUCUUCACACAUUCACAUCUUCUGUGAAACUUUUGAAACUUUGCAGCACAUUUCCUUUUUUGUCAUCAUUAUGUUAUUACUGUUGGUUGUGGCUCAUGAAGUGUUUAAUCUGUCAUAAUUUUCACACUAUACACAGGCAAUAUCUCGCUAAGUGCCUAAAGUAGGUCAGUAAAGUUAAGUAACAUUUAUUUUCCUACCUGUACAAGAGUAAGUCAGGUAGAAUAUCAUGAAAAUACAUUAAUCGCUCAUCAUUCCACUAUCUUUUAAGAAGCCAUUGUAGCCUUUAUUUACAUGUCAAACCUUCAAUGUAUUGUGAGAUGUUUAAGACACUUUAGAAAGGAGAUGGAAAUUUGUGUGCGUAAAUUAUGGGUGGAAAGUUAUAUAUUUUAUAUGGAUGUUGAUUUUAUCCUUUGUUCUUCUUUCGUUAUGUAGUAAGGGCUUGAAUAUGAGGAAUGAAGUUUGAAAAUGGUAAGAAUGAAAUGUAUUGUAAAAAAUGAUGGUUAGCAAGUAUCCAAAGUUCCUUACUUCUUCAUUGUAUUUAAUUCUUUCUACUUUUAGCACACUGUUAUUGCAUGUCCUUAAGCUCACUUGCCCGUGCCUAUUUGUACAUGUAUGCACAUGGCAAUACGUUUACCUUUUCUCUUGCCAUUAUUUCUUCUCUAUAUUUCAAGUUCAUUCCUCCAGAGCGAUGUCAACUGAUCUCGUCUGUUGACCUUUCAGAAGCUUAGAAGUUAUGGAAUUGUCAUAGAAAUUCAUAUUAUUAUGAACCUUCCUGUUCAUAACAUUAGCACCUAGUAAUUGAUUUUUGUUUUCGAUCAUUCCAGGAUCUCUAAUGACUGUUUAAUGAGAUCAGCUAAGGUUUUGUGUGUGCAAAGAUUUGUGAGUUUAAUUUUGAACAAAGGUAAUUGCAUAUGCCAACCAUUUAUUACCAGUAAAUAGAUUAUUGACAUGAAAGUGGUCAUAAAAGAAAAAAUAUAUAUAUAUCAUUGCUGUCUUUCAGUCAUUGCUUUUCCUGUUUUUUCCUUCUAUCUUUCUUACCAACUUGUUUAAUGUUUUUGUUUUUAUAAGGUAUAUAGCAGCUUUCAUUAUAAGUUACAUGGAGACUAACAGAACUCAAGAGAUAAUUUUUUGUUUGUAUGUUUUGAAAACCCUGAAGAAAUUAGAAGAAAAAAAGAAAAAGAAGAUACGAGAUUGCUGUGUCAUUGAUUACUGUUUUUUUGUGUGUAAAUUAUGUAGUCCCAUCACACUGUAUGUCAUUUUUUACAAUCCAAACAUCAGGUUUUGCUCAACAUUUGAUACUUCCAAUGAAAUUCCCUCACAUCUCAUCAUUAUAAAGUAGGAAUUUUUAUAGUCAUUUAAAAUCAUCAAAUUAAAUGUCAUCCACAACAUAUUUAUUAACUGUAUAUUCACUCAUAAUAGUUGAAAAUACCUUUUUGUGUAACUUAAAAAAAAAAAAAAAAAUGUUCACUAGGUUUAUUCACCAGUAAAAGUAACAAUCACUUUUUUAGAGUUAAAAGAUAAAAUACAAUAUUUUAGACCAACUAGUCUCAGAUAUGCAUUCCAUAGUCAUCCAAGCAAAUGUGGCUCUCAUAAAUUACUUUACAAGGAAAAGAAAUAUUAGUGCAUAGUUGAUAAGGUUUUAUAAAAUCUGUAAAUUAUCCUAAAUUAAAAUAUGCAAAGAAGGAUUAUUAUUUAUUGAUAUUCAUAUUCUUGAUUCUUUUAUCAUAUUGAAUUUUUUAUUGUUAUUGUAAUUAGUAUUGUAAUUAUUAUUAUUGUUGUUUAAAAUCAUCAUCAUCGUUAUUAUUAUCAUUAUCGUGAUCAUCAUCAUCAUUAUUACUACUACCUGUGGUUGUUUAAUGGAGAGUGUUUUCAUAACAUUCUUAUUAAUGUAAAAAGGAAAGGUUACUUAAUGUUUAUUUCAAGAGAAAUAAAUGCCUUGACUAAUUGGGAAAGUUUUGAGUAGCUUUUGACAGAAAUGUAUUAAUUGAUGAAAUCUUUGUUAAAUUAAUAUUUUAUUUGAUGUUCUAGAUAUAUAUCAGAAAAUGAAUGAAGGUUGAUUAGUAUUUUUCAAAAGCUUAUUUAUGUACAACUCCACACUGACGUGUUUUGUGUUGUCACAAAACUGCAUUGUUUCACAAUCCCGUUUUCAUUAUCUCACUGUAAAUUUUUAUGUAAUUGAGGUAAGACCAUAUUUUCCU